AUGAAGCUCCGAUCGUGGCUCUCCGCCACUUGCUCCUCCCACGCAUCCACAGUCUCCGUCCCCCAACCCCAACCCACGUACCGAAAACGACACGUCGUCUCCGACUCCGGCAGCUCCUCCGACAACCCCAUCAGCUCCUCCAGUAGCGACACCUGCAGCACCAGCCUCCACUCCAACCUCUCCCUCCAGACGCUGCCAUCUGUCCCCUCCCUCCAGAAGCUCAUCUCCGAAUUCAACGCCGCGAACAUCUCCGUCUCCCACGUCUGCAUCACCUCCCUCAUCUCCCCUCGCCAGAUCACCUGCCUCGCAGUCCACCACAACCUCCUCUACGCCGCCGCCGGCCACGAAAUCAACGUCUACGAUGGGGCAGACUUCUCCCUCCUCGACUCGUUCAACGCUCACGAUCCCUCCUCCGGGUCCGUAAAAUCCGUGUCCUUUUCCGACGGCAAGGUUUUCACAGCUCACCAGGACUGUAAAAUCAAAGUCUGGGAGAUAAUCCCGGGUAAUAACAAACGCCACAAACUCGUGACGACUCUCCCAACCGUCAACGACCGUUUGCUCCGUUUCGCUCUCCCCAAGAACUACGUCACCGUACGCCGUCACGUGAAGCGCCUCUGGAUCCAGCACGCCGACGCCGUCACCAGCAUCGCCGUCAACAACGGUCUUGUGUACUCCGUCUCCUGGGAUAAGAGCCUGAAGAUUUGGCGGGACUCGAAUCUCCGGUGCGUGGAGUCCGUGAAGGCGCACGAGGACGCCGUGAGCUCGGUGGCGGUGGCGAAGGACGGGACGGUGUACACCGGGUCGGCGGACCGUCGGAUCCGGGUCUGGGCGAGGCCGCAAGACGGGAAGCGCCACGUGUUGGUGACGACGCUGGAGAAGCACAAGUCGGCGGUGAACGCUUUGGCGUUAAACGAGGACGGAACGGUGCUGUUCUCGGGGGCUUGUGACCGUUCGAUCUUGGUGUGGGAGAGGGAGGACAGCGCGAACCACAUGGCGGUCACCGGAGCGUUGAGGGGGCACGGGAAGGCGAUACUGUGUUUGUUCAACGUCGGGGUUUUUCUGCUGAGUGGCUCGGCGGAUCGGACGGUGAGGAUGUGGCAGCGCGGGGAGGACGGGAGUUAUUGCUGCUUGGGGGUUUUGGAGGGACAUGUGAAACCGGUGAAGGCGGUGGUGGCGGUUAUGGGAGAGGGUGGUGGCGAUGGAGACGGCGUCGUUUCGGUUGUGAGUGGGAGUUUAGAUGGAGUGGUGAAGGUGUGGCGUGUGUCGAUGGUAUGAUUAGUGUUCUGAAGUUUGUGUAAGAAUUAAUUGCAACGCGGGAGUACGUUCUGUGGCUAGCUCUCACAGUACUGCAAUCAUUUUCAGAUGUUUUUGUUUCAUGAAUAUGAUUGCUCAGAUAUGUGCUUAAUUAGCAUAGCGGCAUGGUUUGUUGAUCGGAAUUGUGGUUCGAUGUUGAUUAAUAUUUUGUUGU